GGCUUUUGGUUUGUAGCGUUAGUGCGGUAUUUUCUCCUGACCUGCCUCAUUGCGUGCACAAUGCUGGCCACUGCAACAUUCUUGUGUCGUAGCCAUCAUGUCUCGAAACUGGCUAACCAACUACACCGCUCAACACCUUUCGUUAAACCGUCUAUAUCAAAUCAUUCUAUCCGAUUGUUUCGCACAUUUCCAGUAGUUAAUAGUUCUAUACGUAGGCGUGUGGGGCGUAUCAAUCUAAAAUCAGGAGCUACGGAGUUUGGACAUUCCCUCAAUUUCAGUAAAACUCGAGCUUUAGUGGGUGCUGCAGCUGCAAUUAGUAUUGGUGGUCUUUGUCUUUAUGGUUUAGCUGGCAAAGAUGGUUCACUCUCAGCUUUUGAUCGUUCAGUUGCUUGGCCUGAUUACGUAAAACAGCGUAUUCGAGCAACGUAUGGCUAUCUACUAGCCAGUGCCACAAUUGCAGCUGGUUCAACUAUCGCAUUGUUUCAGUCUCCUACUAUGUGUCGUUUGAUGCUAAGUGGUGGAUGGCUUGCUCCUAUUGGAAUGGCGGUAUUGAGUAUAGCUACAGGAGUUAUUUGUCAGUCACUUACAUAUCCACAAUCGGGUCUAAGUGUAAAGCAUUUAGCAUGGGUGGCAUAUUCUGUGAGUUUAGGCGGUAUCCUGAUGCCUAUAUGCUUAGUUGGCGGACCCAUUCUUAUUCAGGCUGCUUUGUAUACUGGAGGUAUAGUUGGUUCCUUGUCAUUGGUUGCAUUGACAGCACCAUCAGACCGUUUCAUCAACUGGGGUGGUCCUUUGGCGAUUGGCUUAGGAGUUGUUUUUGUGUCAUCUAUCGGUUCCAUGUUUUUAUCUCCUGUAAGUCGUUUGGGAUCUGGUUUAGCGUCCAUCAGUCUUUACGGCGGCCUUCUUCUGUUUUCUGGAUUCCUACUUUAUGAUACACAACAUGUGAUAAGACGGGCAGAAUCUCAUCCACCUCCGAAUUUCUAUUCACCAAUUUUACCAACUAACAAAGGAUUUCAGAAUCCAGGAGCAUUAAGACCAUUUGACCCGAUCAACAAGUUAGUGAUUUUGUAAUAAUUGAACUCUACCCGCCAGUGUAUUACUAUGCAAUGUUAUCAUUAAACUGUGAACUGUUUCUAUUGUUGAGGAAUGCAUUGAGAUCGAAAGUAACGGUUGUAUGUAUUAAAAAAAUGCAAUUACAUUAACUGGUAAACAUGACACUUAAUACUCUCAAAUGUCAUUAGAAUGGAUACCGGUUACUAAAUAUUGGUAAGUAGGAUAAUUUAUUUGGAAAGGGAGAGAAUAUAUAUAUUUAAAAAAAAAACAUAUAAAAAGAGAAUAUUGUUUUCAGUAAAUUCUCUUCCGGUUCUAUAGUCCUAUAUCUAAGUUCAUAAUCCAAAAGUCGUUAGGUUUAAGGCAAACAUUGUUUUGAACUCGUACUACACUAAUUUCAGAUUGACAUACAGAAAGUGCUGUUAAACUUAACAAUACAUUUCACAUAUGAGUCGACAUAAAGAAAAAUUUAUUUUUACUUCCAUUUUAUCAUAAUUAAGUAUUAAUUGUUAUAUUACAUGCAUUUUAUAACUUUCUCAAUAAGCUUAAAUGAUAGGUAUUAAAUUUUUCAAUAUGUUAACUUAUACAAAAAUUCAUUUUUUGUGUUUUGUCUAUCGAAUUUAUUGAUAAAAAAACUACCUAAUAUUGGACCUAAAAGUUUACUAUAUUUUCACAAACCUUAUUGAUAGUUAAGAACUUAUAUUUGUUUGGCUACACUGCUAUGUUGAUGAUUAUUUUACUAAUUUGAAAUAUUCAAAGUAGUUAAUAGUGAAUCUUGAUUCUUUUCUUUACUUCAGUUCCAUUCGAAUUUUAUUGGAUG